AUGGCAUUUUUAAAUAAUGACGGAUGUGAAGAUUCUGAAGGAGAUUUCACCAAAUGUUUUAUGAAUAUAUGUGAAAUAAAUCGAAAUAAAUUUGAAGCAUCAUAUUGUAGAAUUCAUCCACCAAUAGUUGAUAUAAAGAAGACUUCAAAUAAUAAUUUAAAUGAUCUUUCAAAAAAUUUAUUCACACACGAAUUUAUUCCAUCAAAUUUUAAAUCUAGGAUAAUUAUUCUUUCAAAUAAUGAUAAAGAUGGUAUUUUGCUUCUGUAUGAAUAUAAUCCACAUCAACAUCAAUAUCCAGAUAAAACAUAUUUAUGCCGCCUUAGAAGUAUAAAUCAAAAGUUAACAUUAUGCGAAGCCGUUAAUAUAGAAUAUUUAGGAAGAACUCUUACGUUUAACUCUUAUGACAUUAUUAAUAAAGAAAAUAAAAAUAUUAAUAUGAUUAGUUUAAAAAACCCCAAUCAUAAAAUUAUUAAAUCAAAAUAUGAUAAGUUCUUAUUUAAAGAACAUUACUGCCAUCAUAUGAAAACAAAUUACAUUUCACAUUGUAAUAAAAGGUAUACCGUAUGUAAAAAAAUAAAUAAUGAUGAAUUGCAUUGUUCCGAUGCGAAUUAUAGUGGAAAUUUAAUUCGUUUAGAUUACAAUAAGAAUUCUUUUUUAAAAAGAGAUUAUAUAUAUAUUCCCAGUGGUUGCUUAAAAGAGAAUUUAGAUCCUGUAUGCACUCCACAUAUAUGCGUAAGCCAUGCUUUUAAUGAAUUCUUUCAAUGUGAAUAUGAAGAAAUCAGUGUUAUAAAAAACAUAAGGCCAAUAAAUAACAUAAUUCCAACAAAAAAUAUAAUGCCAAAAAAUGACAUGAGGCCAAUAAAUGAAAUAAUACCAUGUAAUGACCUAAUGCAAUGUAAAUACAUGAGGUCAUAUAAACACAUAUUGCAGCCAAAUAGCUUAAAGCUAAUGGAAGACAUAAGGCCAAUAAAAAACAUAGGGCCAAAUUCAAAAAAUCCACGUGCGAUAUCAUUAAAGCAUAAGGAUAUUUCUGAUAAAAAUAGUUUUGAUAAUACUGCGCUCCUUGCAAUGUCUUUUAUGUCUUUUCUAGUUAUAUUCAUUUUUUUUUUUUGCCUUUUAUAUAGGACUUUUAGAAAAAAGAGAAGAAAAAUAAAUUAA